ACUGCAGAGGAAGUGAAGUGUCUUUGCGAGUCGCGCUCUCGCCUACACAGAAAGAGCCACAGCCCUGCUCCUUUGAUGAACAACACCCCCCCAAAACAGCCCUCAACUGGCUUAGAACAAGUUUCAAACUGAGACCACAAGCCCAUUCACAUGGAUUGCCCUGUGUAGUGCUGGGACCAUCACAACAAAAUCUCCUUGUCUUCACCAGACAGUGGUGUCUGCAAGGGAGCUGGGGGCUGGUGGAGUGUUGGCGUCAUGGUGAAGAAUGUUCCGGAAGGUCAAAAAGCGUCACAGCAGCAGCAGCUCCCAGAGCAGUGAGAUCAGUACCAAGAGCAAGUCAGUCGACUCCAGUUUGGGAGGUCUCUCCAGGUCCAGUACUGUAGCUAGCCUCGACACAGACUCGACCAAGAGCUCAGGUAACAGUGCUGCGUCCGAGACGUGUGCUGAGUUCAGGGUGAAGUAUGUCGGAGCCAUAGAGAAGCUGCCGUUUGAGAUGAGUAAGACCCUGCAGGAGCCUCUGGAACUCAUCAACUACAUCGAUGCAGCCCAGCAAGAUGGAAAGCUGCCGUUUGUGCCUGGAGAGGAGGAGAUGGUACUGGGAGUGUCCAAGUAUGGAGUCAAAGUGGCCUCCAUGGAUCAAUGUGACGUUCUGCACCGCCACCCUCUCUAUCUGAUAAUGAGGAUGCUCUGUUAUGAUGACGGCCUGGGGGCUGGGAAGAACCUGCUGGCUCUCAAGACCACCGAUGCCAAGCAGCAGGACUGCAGCAUCUGGGUGUACCAGUGCAGCAGCGCGGAACAAGCCCAGGCCAUCUGCAAGGUGCUGUCUGCCUCUUUCGACUGCGUGCUGACAUCAGAGAAGUCCUGAAAGGUUGUCGUCCUGAGGGACGGGACUAUCCUCACGCGGGCGCAGCACCAUGACCAAUCGGGAGCCUGGAAACCAUAGUUUACAGCAGGGUCACAACUUACCCAGCAUGCUUUGCAACACCUCACACCACCUACAGACUACACACACCAUCCACCCGUCAGGUGACCAUCAUGAGUACGGUUAUUUUUGUUUUUAAUCUAACUUAAUCUUAUUUAAUGUAAAUACAUUAAAGUACAGGGGCCUCAUGUCUGUACUUGGGAAGGAAGUGGCUGUUUGCUAUCUAGGUCUCAAAUAAUAUUGUAUCCAGAGACUCCACUGACUUCCUUUAUAAAAGGGGGAAAGUGGUACGUCGGUCAGUAUUUCCACCAUGGAUGGAAGAACAGACCAAGACCAUUACAAAUGCUGUAGACCCCCCCCCCUUCUCUCCCCUAUACAAACCAAAGGGAUGGUAUCAAUACAUGUUUGUGCCUCUUAUCCCCCACUCCUCCUAUACUCCCCUUGGUCCCGAUGGGUCCUCUUAUCCCACUCCUCCUACACUCCCCUUGGUCCGAUUGGGUCCUCUUAUCCCCCUCUCCAUACCACUCCUCCUAUACUCCCCUUGGUCCGAAUGGGUCCUCUUAUCCCCCUCUCCAUACCACUCCUCCUAUACUCCCCUUGGUCCAGAUGGGUCCUCUUAUCCCCCUCUCCAUCCCACUCCUCCUAUACUCCCCUUGGUCCAGAUGGGUCCUCUUAUCCCCCUCUCCAUACCACUCCUCCUAUACUCCCCUUGGUCCAGAUGGGUCCUCUUAUCCCCCUCUCCAUCCCACUCCUCCUAUACUCCCCUUGGUCCGAAUGGGUCCUCUUAUCCCCCUCUCCAUACCACUCCUCCUAUACUCCCCUUGGUCCAGAUGGGAUUGGACCAGUUAAAAUGGUACAAUAAAGGAAAGGAAUUUGAAUGAA